CGCCACAUUUCCGGCAUCCAUUUCCUUUCUCGGUGCUCUCCGACUUCGAUUCCAGAGGCGCAGAAGCUCCUAGAACUUCUUCCUCCUCAAGUAACCAUGGCCAAGGGUCCCGGUCUUUACACCGAAAUCGGCAAAAAAGCCAGAGAUCUUCUCUACAAGGACUACCAGAGCGACCAGAAAUUCUCUAUCACCACCUACUCUCCUACCGGUGUUGCCAUCACUUCAACAGGAAUCAAGAAAGGUGACCUAUUUUUGGCUGAUGUGGCUACCCAAUUGAAGAACAAGAAUAUCACAACUGACAUAAAAGUUGGCACGGAUUCCACUCUUCUGACCACCAUUACGGUUGAUGAGCCUGCCCCUGGACUGAAGUCUAUCUUUAGCUUCAAGGUGCCUGAUCAGAGAUCUGGCAAGGUUGAGCUACAGUACUUGCAUGACUAUGCUGGCAUCAGCACCAGCAUCGGGUUGACAGCGAACCCAGUUGUCAACUUUUCUGGUGUUGUAGGCUCCAAUGUCUUAGCUCUUGGUACCGAUGUUUCCUUCGAUACCAAAACUGGCAAUUUCACCAAAUGCAACGCUGGUCUGAGCUUCACGAAGGAUGACUUGAUUGCUUCCCUUACUCUGAAUGACAAGGGUGACACAUUGAACGGGUCAUACUAUCACAUCGUGAACCCAUUGAGCAACACAGCGGUAGGAGCGGAGGUGAGCCACAGCUUCUCGACCAACGAGAACACCAUAACGGUGGGAACCCAGCAUGCGCUUGACCCACUGACCACAGUGAAGGCACGCGUUAACAACACUGGCAAAGCGAGUGCACUGAUCCAGCACGAGUGGCGUCCCAAGUCCUUCUUCACCAUCUCUGGCGAGGUGGACACCAAGGCCAUCGAGAAGAGCGCCAAGGUUGGCCUUGCCCUUGCCCUCAAGCCCUGAAACGCAGCGAGGGUAGCUUAGUAAUGUCACAUCCUUGCUCUCUCUCGUUCCCUUUUUUUUUGCUUUGGACAAGAAGAAAGCUCUUUUCCUAAUCGUUCUUUGAUCUCGUUGGGUGUCGGAUUGUAGAAAAUAAAAAGAUUAAAAGGAUCGUCUUCCUGAUGAACCUACAAAGAUCCUUCUGUCUUUGUUCUUUCACUGCUAAAAACUGGUUGGUGGAAUUCUUUUUCCCGUCUUAUCAGAAAACUGUUGUUCCUCUAUCAAAUUUACUUGUAAUGUUUUGUCUUUA